UUUCGUAGACUUCAAUAUUCACACAUUUCUCAGUUUUUUGUUGAUAUCUUACGAAAUAGGGUUUAAUACUAUGCAGAACUUUGAAAUUAUAGAUUUCUAUAGACCAAGGGAUAACCAAAAGACACUUUAUGUGACCAAUUUAUCUGGCUUUGCUGAUGAACCUGAUGCUCAAGAUUCCUUAACAACAGUAUUCUCCAAAUUUGGUUUACUUAACAAUGUCCAUGUGUUGACAUCUGAACUAACUGGCGAUGGGGAUGCUAAGCAGUUCUAUGCGUUCAUUAACUUUUACUCGGGGAAGUGUGCAACCCAGGCCAAGAAACAGUUGAAUGGAAAACUAAUGAUGAGAGAUACUCUUAUGAAGGUGAACUUUGCUAGCAAUCGCAAGAAGACUGAUGAGACAACUGGACUAUACAUAACAAAAUGUCAUGAACUUGCCAACCAUUAUCUAGGAUUUAAUGGAUGGUCAGCUGAGAUAAUUUCUAUGAAAGAAUACAAGAAUGAUGACUGUGACACUGAGGGCUCUGCAGAAAGUCUCAAAGAAGAUGCUUCCAUCGAAAGUGUCAGCUACAUCUGUAUUACAAAAAUAGACAUCAGGAAUCAGGAAGUGCAUAGUGAGGGUAUAGGAAUGUGGACAGAAAAAUAUACAAAGACUGAAUUAUCCUCUAAACUUGUGGCACUCUGCAAGGUGAAGAAAAUUGCUUUCCAACGAGCAAUGGAGAAUGCAUUUAGCAAGAUUGUGCUAAUUGUGUUUGGAGAUGGCAGAGUCUUGGUUGAGAUUGACACAACCAAACAGGAUGUGCUGAUGCAGCAAAAUGAAGUGGAGAAAGAGGAACUCCUCAAGAUAAAUGAACUUGAGGACAACCCUAUAGCCGAGACUGAUCAGGAACAAGAUGAGUCACAAUGGGAUGAAUCAGCAUGGCGACAACUGGGUGACGUUCCUGAUGGUUGAAAUAAUAUGUGAGACAAACAAGUUGUAACUUGUAGGGAGUUACUGUUACCAUGUGAAUUUAAGCCAUUCGGACAUUUGCGUUCCAUAGAGGGGGAGAGAGGCUCCAAGAGAAGCCAAGCAAAUAAGAAUAAGAUGGUAAAUUUUGACCAGAUUAUAAGACCAUAGGAGAGGAUUUAUAAUUACUUUGAAAUGUGAAAUAUAACUAAAUAGCUCGAGCAAUGAUAAAUAAAUUCCUGACAGUGUUACAGAUCGUAUGGUCAAUGGUCAUGAUUGUCAUAUGAUGACAUUAUGAUUUCAAAGAGAAAUACGUUUAUAUGUAAUUUCCUAUACAGAACAAAUAUGAUAAAAUAAAAUGAAGACCAAUUAUUGAAGGUUUUGUUGAGG